AUGUUCGAGGACGUCUGUCUCCUCUGCGGAAAGCAUCUCCUCGAUGAUGGCAGGGCGUAUUGCAGCGAUGAAUGCCAAUCUUUGGACUCGGUUUCCCCGUCCAUAUCCUCAGCGAGCAGUGCCGUAUCCUCACCAUACCUCUCCGGAAACCCUUUGUGCGGCGAUAUUCCAGCCCUUGUACCCUCUGCAUUAGGCUCCGCUUUCGGGGAUUACCCGCAUUACUCGGCGUCAUCAUCAGCGUCCACUACAUGGUCGGUAGCAGCCGAUGAGGACGACUUUGCAGGAAUUAAAUUGGACGGCGAGUACCUCCACAAAGGAGAUCCACGCCUCGGCGACGGUCCCUCCAAAUCCGCUACUUAUUUCCCUGCCUUCGUGCGAACCUCAGUCAUGACAUAUGCUCGCCGUCCUUCGGGGACCAAUCAGCAUGCAAACGUCCCCAUCCUACACCGACGCACCUCUUCAGUCUCCACUACUGAACACAUGCAGGGGGCACCACGUAGCGCACCACUUCACAGCCGGUCCAACGGUUCUUCCACGGACGAAGAAGACUACAGUUCUGAUAUACAAUACACCACAGCCGACUCCCCCAGUCUCGCCCCUGCAUCGAAGGGCUGGAAGAGGAACAAAGAUCCUGACUCCAAGUCGACUCUCACCAAGCCGAAGCGCAACCGCAACCGUGCCAGUCUUCCUGCGUGCUUCUCGCUGCUACAUAUCAACGGGGAAACCCGUCCGUCCGUCUCCUCCCCUCGGACCGCUGCGCGACCUUCGCCGCCCACCCCGAAGCUGCCGCUCUCGAGCCUGACGACAACCGCCAUUCGCAUGACUCCGGAGGUGCCGCCCACCGCCCACACAUUCACAACCCCUCGAGGGCGUCGACGUGAACCAAGGACAUCCCGUAGUAGUCGGCGCUCGGAGGCUUCCCUUUCCCGGUCAGCCUCGCGGUCCAGGUCCCGAAACCUACCACACCCCCGCGUUGAUAGCAAGGGCAGCGUAACUCAGGUGUUUGAUUUGUCGUCCAUGCUGGUACCUCGCGGUCGUACUGCAGCACGUCGAAACUCAUCCCCUCCGUCCAAAAUGGUACUUCCGGUACCUAGUGAUGGCCAGUGCCGCUCAUCCGAACCCUUCGCUACUUCGAGGGCUAGGAGCGGACGGUCCGACAGUAGGCGCUCUAGAGGACGGGCACGCUUGGAAGAGCUGGAUGGAAACGGCAGUACCGAAGCUGCCCCUGGCUAUGGAUACGGGCGAAGCGGUCUCAUAGAUCGAGAACGCACCUUCAUUCACCGGACUGUCGCCGAGUAUUGUUGA